AUGAGAGAGAUUAGAUCAGAGGCUAGAGUAAGGCGGGAUACUGAACUUUUGUAUUCACAAGCUGCCCAAAUGAACGUUUCAACUCUUUCAGCUCUUGUCAGCAAUGGAACUGCUCCAUCUGAUAAUGGUUUUUAUCUGAUUGCUUUUGAUACGUUGGGUAACAAGAACUAUCUGAUAUUAGCAUUGGUGAUUAUCUACUUGAUCACUCUGUUCUGUAAUCUUGUACUGCUUUCGAUGGUUUUAAAGCACCCCAGUCUACAGAAUCCCAAGUUUCUUGCUGUUUGUAAUCUUGCGGUGGUGGAUAUUUCUAUAAGCAGUGUUAUCGUUCCACAGAUGGUCCCUGUGUUUGUGUUUAAUCUCAAUCACAUUUCUUUUGGAACUUGUUUCUCUCAGAUGUUCUUCAUGCACUUUUUCAGUGAUAUGGAGUCUUUCUCAUUGGCUCUCUUGGCUUACGAUCGAUUGGUGGCUAUCUGCUUUCCUCUACGCUACCCCUAUAUCAACACUAAUUUCAGGAUGGUCCUUAUUAUUGGUGGUCUUUGGUUUCUGGUGUUUUUGCUUGAGAUUUUUCCAGUAACUCUGGCCAGUAAUCUUCUGUACUGUAGAUCCAGAGUGGUUCAGAGCUGUUGUUGUGAACAUGGACCAGUUUACGCUCUUGCUUGUGGAGAUACUUCACUUAACAGGCAACUGGUAACUGCGAAGUCCCUGGUGGUCUUACUCGCCCCCCUGACUUUCAUCGUUCUAUCGUACAUCAUUGUCGUUUUCGCAGUGUUACGAAUCGCAUCCGUGGCUCAACGCUGGAAAGCUUUCAACACCUGCGUCACUCACCUGGCCCUGGUCUUCAUUUAUUACCUGCCUGUGAUCAUGGCUUACAUAAUGGCCAACCUGAACUUAGUUAAAUCAGUCGAUCUUUUCACAGCCGUUCUGACGGUGUGCGUCACGAUUCCACCCAUGCUGAACCCCAUCAUCUACAGCUUAAAGACCGAGGAACUGCUGGAGAAGCUGAUAAAAACUUUUAAGCCGUCCAAAGUGACGACACAGCUGCAAAAACAGGAGGAAGUGAGGUGAAAAACGUUUUUUAGAGGACUUUCCACAUCUUUUUUUUGUUUUGUUUUUUUUU